AUGCUAGUAUUGUUUGUAUGGUGUUUUUCUGAUUCCUCGUUGGGAAUAACUGUGUUGCUGCUGGCUGCGACGCCGAUGGGGAAGGAAGGGGAUCAAAUGAUCGAGACCCCUCCGAAAGUCGCUGGAGGCAUGGGCCAGCCGGGAGCGGCUGGAGACGUCGGGAUGUAUCAUGAUGGGCGGGUGAGUGCCAAGAUUUCGGCGCCGGGACCAUCCUAUGAUCCCCUCCUUAUUCACAACUAUGCCUUGAACCGUUGUUCGAUGUACGUCACGAUCACUGCCCUCGGUUUGUAUGGAAGCAUUGCUGGCAUUAUGCGGUUCUCUUCGCCAUCAAGCUCAGAGCAGGCCUCGCCUCUCCUCCAUCUCCCAGUCGAGCUCCGACGGCACAUCUAUCACUAUGUCCUCCCAUCGACCUCUACCUUCGACGUGCGCCUCCAGCGUAAAGACUACGACCGCCCGCAAAGAAGCGAAUACAACCUGACGUUCGUGCGCGAAAACCUUGGUAGCGGUGUCUGGAAAAUGCAGAAGACGCUUCCCAAGACCGACCGUGAAACGGGCAAUGACAUUGUGUGGCGGCGGGGCUCCAUCGGGAUAUUAGCCACGAGCCACCAGAUUCACGACGAGUGUGUAGACAUGAUCUACGGGGAGAAUAUAUUUGUCAUCGACGUCGCGUUUGACUGCAUUAGGUUUCGGUAUCGCUGGUUUUUGCCGUCGAAUUUGACCCCUAGUCGGACGUAUUCGUUCCUGGAUCACUUCUCGCAGAGGAAUUUGAUGAGGAUAAAGAACUAUAUAAUAAACGUGGAGCAUGUGGAUGACUAUGCUGGGAUGAUCAAAUUUAACUGCGGUGGCCGGGGACUCACGGCUAGGAUAAGACAGCAGGUGCAACGCCUAGUUGACUUGCUGUGCAUGGUCCCAUACUUGCACCGAUUGCAAAUCCACCUGAUCGAUGGCGCGAUUAGUGGGAACCGCUUUCCCUCUGGUAGGGUACACAGAGUGCAUGAUGAGAAGAACUACUCUCAGUCACAGACGGUUUUGGAUCCUUUCCAUCGCAUCUAUGGUGUUCGGAAAGUGCAAGUGACAGGCGUGAGUGUGGAGUAUGCUGAGGCACUUGAGAGAUCCGUGACAGCUUCAAGAGGGAUUGCAGGAUAG